ACAAGCGUACUACGCGUGAAGUAAGUGGUCACCGCCCAUGCAUGUGGAUUUAAAGUUUAUAAGUCACAUUGUUAAAGUAUUUGAGGUUAAACAUAAAUUCUUGUAAUUGGAGAAUGUAGGUAUUGAACUAUUACAUUGCUGCGAAGAAACUCAUAUUCUGAAUUCUCAACACUUGACUCUCACAGCAUUAGCUUUGUGUUGUUAGCAUGCCAACAAAACUACAACUUGUGGGGUUAUCUGCGUGAAGCGGAUCCACAGGAGGAUCUUCAAGCCGCCGGGCAAUCAUGAGCGGCUCCAAACCGGACAUCCUGUGGUCCCCGCACCACCCGGACCGCUACGUCAUCUGCGAUUCGGAGCUUGGCCUGUACCGCAUCGGUCCGGCGGGCGGCGCUGAGCUCAAGGCCGGCACGCUGCCCCUCUCCGGGGAGACGGCCGCCACUUUGCUAGCCAUCAACUCGGACACGCCCUACAUGAAAUGCGUGGCUUGGUACCCCAAGCAGGAGCCCGAGUGCCUGCUGGCCGUGGGCCAGGCCAACGGCCGGGUGGUGCUUACCAGUCUGGGUCAGAGCCACAACUCUGCGUGCAAGGAGCUAGUGGGCAAAGAGUUCGUGCCCAAGCAUGCCCGACAGUGCAACACACUGGCCUGGAACCCGGUGGACAGUAACCUGCUGGCGGCCGGCCUGGACAAACACCGCGCCGACUUCUCUGUGCUCAUUUGGGACAUCAGCAGCAAGUUCUCCCCGGAGGCCGGCGCAUCCACCGAGAAGAUCCGACUUUCCUCCUCGGACAUGGAUCCGAGCUCGGUGGUGACCAAGCCGCUGUACGACCUGGGGCAGAAUGACGCUUGUCUGUCCCUCUGCUGGCUUCUCCGGGACCCCAAGCUCCUCUUAGCUGGGAUGCAUCGCAACUUGGCCGUUUUUGACCUGAGGAACACCAGCCAGAAGACCUUCGUCAACACCAAAGCGAUCCAGGGGGUGACUGUAGACCCUCAUUUUCCUGAUCGUGUGGCCUCCUUCUUCGAGGGCCAGGUAGCCAUCUGGGAUCUGAGGAAGUUCGAGAAGCCUGUGCUCACCCUCACUGAACAGCCCAAACCUCUAACCAAGGUGGCGUGGUGCCCAACCCGCACGGGCCUGCUGGCCACGCUGACCCGCGACAGCAACAUCAUCCGCCUGUACGACAUGCAGCACACGCCCACGCCCAUCGGCGACGAGACGGAACCCACCAUCAUCGAGCGCAGCGUGCAGCCCUGCGACGGCCUGAUCGGCACCUUCGCCUGGCACCCGUCCCGGCAGAACCGCAUGGUGGUGGUGUCGGCCACUAACCGCGCCAUGACCGACUUUACUGUCUUCGAGCGUAUCUCGCUGGCGUGGAGCUCCACCGCCUCGCUCAUGUGGGCGUGCGGGCGACACCUGUACGAAUGUGCCGAAGACGGGCCCGACGGAGCACAGGGCGUUCUGGAGAAGGACAUCGCCACUAAGAUGAGGCAGAGGGCGCUGUCCCGGUACGGCCACGAAACGGUCCAGGUGUGGCGCAACCACCUGUUGGCGGGGGGAAACGAUUCCCAGCUCAAGUCCUUGUGGUUUGACCUCUCCUAUAUGAAGCAAUGCGCCGAGGACCCGGAGCUAAAACUACAGGGAAAUAAGCAGGCCGUCGUCUACUCUGGUAUCAAGAAUAUCGUCAAGACCAGUUCAGGCACGACGGAGAGUCGCAAGUGCUGGAGCGGCUCGGAGCGGCAGACAGAGGCCACGCGCUACCACAGCGAGGAGCGUGGCCUGGCCCUGCGUCUUUGCGGCUGGACGGGCCGGACGGCUGACGCCGACGUGGAGCCAUUCUUGCGAUCGCUGGAGUUGGAGCGCGAGUGGGAGAGAGCCGCCGCAGUUGCGCUCUUCAACCUGGACAUCCGCAGGGCCAUACAGAUCCUUAACAGGGGAGCCAUGGCUGACAAGGGUGACCUGAACCUGAACGUGGUUGCCAUGGCGCUGUCGGGAUACACGGACGAGAAGGCCUCACUGUGGCGGGAGAUGUGCAGCUCACUCCGGCUGCAGCUCAACAACCCCUACCUGUGCGUCAUGUUCGCCUUCCUCACCAGUGAGCCGGGAUGCUACGAUGGCGUGCUGUAUGAAAGCAGUGUGGCUGUAUGUGACCGAGUCGCCUUUGCCUCCAUGUUCCUCAAUGACACCCAGCUCCCUCACUACGUGGACAAGCUAACCGGUGAAAUGAAGGAGGCCGGCAACCUUGAAGGAAUUCUGCUAACAGGCCUGACCAAGGACGGCGUGGACCUUAUGGAAAGCUACGUGGACCGGACCGGAGACGUGCAGACGGCCAGCUUCUGCAUGCUAAAAGGUUCCUCAGGUGAGGUGCUAAAGGAUCCCAGAGUCCAGUGCUGGAUCGAGAACUAUCGCAACCUGCUAGACGCGUGGAGGUUCUGGCACAAGAGGGCUGAGUUUGACAUCCAUCGAGGCAAACUGGACCCCAGCUCCAAACCACUGGCGCAGGUGUUCGUCAGCUGCAACUUCUGCGGCAAGUCCAUCUCGUACAGCUGCGCCGCCAUGCCGCACCAGGGCCGCGGCUUCAGCCAGUACGGCGUCAGUGGAUCUCCCACCAAGUCCAAAGUGACCAGCUGCCCUGGUUGCCGCAAGCCGCUACCGCGUUGUGCCCUGUGCCUCAUGAACAUGGGCACGCCCGUCUCCAGCUGCGCCGGUACGGGGAAAUCCGACGACAAGGUGGACCUGACGAGAGAGAACAAACUGGCUCAGUUCAACAAUUGGUUCACUUGGUGUCACAACUGUCGCCACGGUGGCCACGCUGGACACAUGCUUAGCUGGUUCAGAGACCACACAGAGUGCCCCGUGUCGGCGUGCACAUGUAAAUGCAUGCAGCUGGACACCACGGGCAACCUGGCGCCCUCGGACAGUGGCUAAAAAAACACGUCGGACCCGUCUGAACCCACGUCCACCCCUUAAAAGGGAAACUCUCAGGAGAAUCAACAAAAGGCUGAAACGGGCCUGCAGCAGUCUAACCUGAAUCAGGCUCAAGUAAAGAACUUGAAAAAUGUCAUCGUAGGUGCCAAACAUGUUUCUUUGUCGUCAAAUGUUCUAUUUAAUCAAAUGAUCUUCAUACCUCAUGAGAGCGACGUUAGGACGGCAUGGAAGGGAGCGGAAGCAACUUUGGACAAGUUGCGGCAACCCUUUAACUCAUUGACGGCGUCAGACGUCAUUGGUAUCCAAUGAGUUAAGGUUAACGGGCUAAAAAUGCCAUAUGUUACAAUGAAAGUUUUUAAUUGCGAAUUGUGAUAUUUUGAAGUGAAAUUACAAUAUUUGAUCACAAAAGUAUAUGUCACACGAUGAUAAUUGUAUGUUUUGUCACAAAAAUGCUAUUUGCUCAAGAAGAGUCUGUGUUAGUUCGCAGAAAACAUUUUCAACCAUGAAAUUAUGUAGCGUCACCAGAAAAAAAAAAAAUAUUGCGAGAUGUAGUUCUACCACUAGAAAGCAAGAUUUGUUUGAGAAAUGCUGUUUGAAAACUAUUUGUGCAAGAAAAGACUGUUAUACGUCAAUGAAAUCCUUAUUUUGGCUUAUAUUUUGCCACGGAAAUUAUACACUUUCAUAUAAACUGGUUGUGAGAUGUGGUAUUUUGCCUUUCAUGUUUGAAUUAUGAUUUUUAUUUCUGGCCGCCAUUUACUGCAGUCGAUGUCCAAUUCAUUUUAAUUCAAUAGCACUGAAACGUGAGCAAUCACAAACAGCCAUUGACGGUACUUUAAGUCCAAUCCAUUUGAAAUGGGAGGGUUGACGUCAUACAAACUAAAGUUCGACGUCAAAUGGAUUGGACGUCGACUAGUGAUAAAAUUGAAAUUCACUGCAGAAGGAUGAUUGGACGCCACACGAUUAGAUGUCUAAUAUCAUCUUGGGAAGUGGUGUUCGUUGCUGGCGGCCAUCUUGGGUAGGGCAACCACCGUUUGGAAACGAGAUCUCGAAAAGUACUUAAUGCACGGCAUCAGCAUGUUAUUUCUUAGUACUCCUGAUACCGAUCCUGUUAUUUUAGUGUCGUAAUAGUGCAGCACGAAUUAGAACACCAUGUUUCAUCACAAAAAGCUGGGCGCUAGAAACCUUGUUUUGCUCCUAAAACACUGGAGUUUAGAGGUGCAACAAUUAAUCAAUUAAUCGAAAACUAAUCGAUUAGCAAAUUGAUCGACAACUAUUUUGAUAACGGAUUAAUUGUUUGGGACCUUCUUCACCUUAAACCUGUUUAAAUUCUUGAAAUUAUAACAUCCACUCAACUUCUCAGUUGUAAAUAUCGGAUUUUUUCAUUAUAUUUUUGUUAAGAUAUGAACAAAAAUCUACUUUUACUUUGGAAAACAAUUCACUUUUUUGCCAGUUUUUGGACAUUUUACUGUCUAAACUAGCUUCUUAAUAAGGCUGCAUCAACUAAUCAAUUAAAUCUAUUAAUAAAUUAGCAAACAUGCUGAAAGCAACUUCAAUGUAAAUUGGCGUUUAAUUCAUUGUCCGAUUAAUCAAUCAUGAAAAUAAUCGUUAGUUGCAGGCAUGUGCCGGUAUGAUAUUCUGACGGUAUGAUAACCUUAAGCUAAAAUAUCGCGGUUUCACAGUAUCAGGGUAUUGCAAUUACAACUCUAAAAUGUGUUAUUUUGAGAUAUUUGGGUUUAAAAAAAACAUUGAGCAGGAUUGUUAUUUUUCAAAACUUGAGUAAAUUGGAACAUAAAUAUAAUGUUAACGUUUAAUAAAUAAAUUUAAAAAACUACUAAAUAUUCUACAUAAAAUUAAAAUGUAGUCCUUGAGGUGAGCCUAAACCCACAGCCACAGCUCAACAUUUAUUACCAUCAGAACAAAAAUAAUUGAGUUAUUUUCAGUAAAAAAGCAUGUGUGUAUGACUUGUAUGUUGUUUAUAUUAUACACACUAUCUUUAGCAACACAGACAGUUGCCACAGAGGAAAAAAACACCAUGUUUUAGCACCGCUAGACACACUAAACACGCUGGAGUUAACUCGUAGCUGGUGGGAAACAUUCAUGACAGUGUUUACUAACCUUUAGUUUUGUAUAUAAAUGUGAAAUCAUGUUGGAGGUAUUUCCUCCUUGGCAGCUACCCUCCGCAAACAUGUUUUACAUGUCCGUUGGCCCUCCUCUAAGCCCAGGCCGUCUGUAACUCUUCUGUAAUCGAAGUAUUCCCAUACCAGCGUUUUCGUUUUCUUCAAUGGGGAGAAAAAGUUCAGGAGUUUCACCUCCUCCAGCCAUGGUGUAGCACAGCUGAUUCACUGACACUGAGCAACAACCGGUGUGGGCGGGUUGAGCCUUACAGCUCCGAGCGAAGGAUUUCUCCAUGCAUUUUUGGGACAUAAAACAUAGCUAAUUCCUUCAGGACGGUAUGACGGAAUUUUUUGGGCGGUUUUGAAACCUUGACGCUUUCAUAUCAAGGUAUACCUUGAAGCAGGUAAUCGGCACAUGUCUAGUUGCAGCCCUACUAGAGUUGUCCAUUAAUGACUUAAUAACCGAUAACCGAGAUCCCGAUAUUGUCUAACUCCAAAAAUAUGAUCCCGAUAUCAAACCGAUACUGAUAUAUGUGGUCGAAUUGAAUUGUGAUGCCCUACUGGAUGCUCUAAUAAUGAUCAUUCUCUCGUAAAAAAAAAUCCCGAGCAUCUUAGUUUGGAGACAUCUAAUGAUCAAUAAGCAUAACUGCUAUGCUAAGCUGUGACCAGCCCUUGUACAAAGGCAAAAGCCAGAAGGCUUCUACAUUCACUUUGAAGGCAACAUGCAUAUCGGCCCAAAACUGAUAUUGAAAAACCAAUGUUGAUAUUGUCCAAUAUCAUUUUAAUGCUUUUAUCGGCAAAAAAAAUACAAAAAAGCUUUUUUAUAAAAUACCAGACAACUCUAUAAAACAAAUUUUUUUGUCUGUUGCCGUUAAUGACAGCCAAAGUGUUAUGCAAUAGAUAAGAAGCAAGUAAUUAUCACAUGCAUAUAUUCUUUAUCCUCUCCAACAAAUAACUCAUUUACAUGUGUUUUCUGGCAAAUUAGUUACCAAAUUGGCCCGAAUAUAAGACGGCCCUGAUUAUAAGACGACCCCCUCUUUUUCAAGACUCAAGUUUGAAAAAAGACUUUUUGAACACUAAAGUAAUUUUUAUACAGAAAAUAAUUACAGUACACCCGAAACAAAUGAUUAUAACAAUAUAUUUGAGAGAAAAAGUGUGUUAUUUUGCCUCAUUCAAAUCUUAAUAGCUGAACAUUUAAAUAUGUAAACUAAAGUGCAAUCACAUUCGUAAAUGAAUGGCUUCUGGUUUUUGAAAUGUAAAUAAAGCAGUCUAUUGUGAUAAAACAACAAAAUUGGAAUAACUGCAUUAACCAUGAAAGUGAAGUCUAACUGUAACUGUAGUCUUGAAACAAAUCUGAAUGAGGAUAAACAUUGCAAUAAAAUAAUGCAAACUGGUUAAACUUGAGAGUAGCUGAGAUCUGUCAUGACAGAACAUCGCUUCAAUGAUAUCUAGCGUCGUGAAUGGGGAGAGUAGCUGAGAUCUGUCAUGACAGAACAUCGCUUCAAUGAUAUCUGGCGCCAUCUAGCGUCGUGAAUGGGUAUAAUGUCUAGACCGCGAAUAUGGUAAAUGGUGUUAUACUUAUAUAGCGCUUUUUCAAGGAACACGACCCCUCUUUUUCAGUGUUAUUUCAAUGCAAAAUACACCGUCUUAUAUUCGGGCCAAUACGGUAAUGCUUGUCGUGAAAUGUAACAUUUUUGUUUUCAAUCAAAACGCUAUAUUUAAUCACAAAAUGCCAGUCGAAUAUUCAUAUUAACACAUUGUUUCAAAAAACUUGAACUACAUUUCAUCAAUCUGCUUUUAUUUGCCGUUUUGUUUGGAAAUUAUGAAAUGGGAGCAUUGUCGGCAGUGAAAGACUGCAGCGCAGGUGAAGCGAACUUCUUUGGGCAUUUUGAACAUUUUCAAGGGAGUCUUGUGGUGUGCUGGGGGGGGCUUAGGUUUAGGGAGUUCGCCCGUAUUGAGCGACCCACUUCAGGCUCACGCUCCAAUGAAAAGAAUCUCUCCGAGAACAGCAGCUGCUCGGCACUCGGACAAGAAGAUUGCGCCCCCGCCAACUCCCCCUGCCUCUUAAUACAGAAGCUCAGCUGCCCAUUGAGGAAAAAACACAACCCUACACCCUCGCUUUCUUUCACGGUACCCACAUUGCCCCCUCAAAACUAUGCAUCAUCAGCCCGAGGACGGGCGCCGUCUGCUCGGGCAUUGUAGGUUUUUUCUUUUUUAUUUAUCCCCUUCCCAUUUUCUUUCUUUGCCACCAAGCCCGAGCAGGCCAGAACUGGAUAAAUCACUUUAGUCAUGGCCAUGAGGUUUUAUAUGCCCGCGUGGCCUUUUUCAGAGCUGUUUAGACGGGGUAAGGGCUGACAAAUUGUGGGGUCACUGUAGAAUGGUGAUUGGAAUGUCAUAACCUGUAUUUUUAGGCUUUGUUUUUUAAUUUUAAUGAAUUCAGACAUGUCUGACUUAGGGGUGGGAACCUCUGUGUACCUCACAAUAUGAUUUACUAUAAUAUUCAAUGACAUUCUACGAUGCAACUAUCAAAGAUAAAUUUCUAAAUGGAAAAUGUUUUUUGCACUGUCGCGGACACUCUGUCAAAUACUUUUGUCUUCUUCACAAACAAUGACAAUAUUUCAGUACAAUAUUUCUGUAAAUAAAUACAGCAACACUAUGUUAUUGCUACAUUCUUGUAUUGUAAACAAAUGAGCGACCAAUUCAUUUUGAAUGGGAGAGCCAAAAAUAUUUGGCCUUUAAAGCAGUAGUUUAUCGAUUGAGUGCUUUUGUUACACAAUUGUUUUUGCCAUUAAAAUAUUUGGACUUUAAAAGUGCAACAGCUAAGGACAAAAAUU